GGAUUUUGACGCGAGGUUGCCGUGUGGUCGAGCUCAUCCAUGCCGAGGGCGACUACUCCGGACUGCGGGUCAGCACGGGAGAGAAGGUUUCUGCUCUGGCUUUAGGCGCCACCUCAUGCUGCGCCUUCCCGUCUAGAAACACGGGGCACACUCCACUCAGGAUCAGCAACCACCCUCGCGGUGUCUGAACCAGAAGACCAGCCCAGCCCGAGUGCAGCUGAUAGCACAGCGGGAUCGGAACUCAGCACGGAGCUCGGGUCUGCAACCCAGGCUCAGGCGUCGCUCACCACUGAACCUUCAGAAGCCAUGCUGCUCCUUGAAUCCCCUCAGAGCGCAGCGUUAAGUUCUACGAGCAGCCUCUUACACGCCGACUACCUGUCGUCCUCGUUCCCAGCCGAGGAAUCACUGUCGCUGAGUGAGGAGUUGAAGCUGCCCGGUCUGGAAUUUGUGGGAGCGCAGGUCAGCUCGGAAGUGUUCGGCGCAAGAGAGGCGUCCUCUUACCAGGAGAUGUUCCAGUCGAGUUUCCCAGCCGUGAGCCCCGAGCAGCCGACUCCGUUGGCCCCCCUGAGCAUCUCCCCCGCCAACCCAUCGACCCUACCCAGCUUCGAAGAAACCUACUCCCCCAGGUGGGUUUCCGGGGCCUCGCCUCCCGCACUGCCGAAAUACUGCCUGCUUGCCCCGACGCCUUGCCGCUUCACAAGCCAGACCCCGGCCGAGAGGGUAGCCCGUCUUCAGCAAACGCCCCUUGCUUCCAGGUACAGGCGGGACAUCACCCACUCCGGUGUGUUUUCCUUCAAAUUCGAAGAACUUCGGUCGGACUCCGAGCUGCCCGGCCAAGCCGGCAGCCCGGAGUCCUACCAGGUGUCCGUCGGAGGUUUUUCGCCCAAGCCACAGACGUCCGGCUACAGGCCGCCUUUCACCCCACCGCCACCCGCCAUGACGACCACGUCGCAGGACUUCUACAAGACGGAACCGCCAACGUACCAGACGUCCAGCUGCUACGUGCAAUACCAGAGCGAGCAAGAACACGCUAAAGCAGGUUUCUCCGGCUACCUACAUCCGUCGCCUUCACCGCCCGUCUUCCAGAAGGGCGUCGUGUUCCCCGGAGCCUCGCCGCAGGUCCCACCCAGCGCGUCGGAAAGCACCAGCUUCAGCCUGGCCUCCGGAGGCUCGUCUUCGUCGAUGACCUCUUUUCCCGGAGACCUCACGCCGCCUCUGCCGAGUCCCAGCUCUGCGUGGGUCCAGUCCAGGAAGUCGACGUUGACGAAGCCUUCCACCUCGGGGGAAGCAAGUUUGCGACUCGCGAUGCCUUCGGCCCCUGGCACGCCACCAGCGUCGGGUUCGAGCUCGACGUCCUCUCCCGCUCCCCCGACACCAUCCUACCAGUUAUGUGCCGUCUGCGGAGACAAUGCAGCCUGCCAGCACUACGGUGUGCGAACGUGCGAAGGCUGCAAAGGAUUCUUCAAGAGGACAGUUCAAAAGGGAGCCAAGUACGUGUGCCUUGCAAAUAGAGAUUGCCCCGUGGACAAAAGAAGAAGAAACCGCUGCCAGUUCUGCAGAUUCCAGAAAUGCCUCGCCGUUGGCAUGGUCAAAGAAGUGGUUCGAACAGACAGCUUGAAGGGUCGACGCGGUCGUCUUCCCUCGAAACCAAAGAGCCCCCAAGAAUCUCCACCGUCGCCACCUGUCAGUCUCAUCACGGCCCUCGUCAGAGCCCACGUGGACACCUCUCCGGACCUCGUGAACAGAGAUUACUCGUCGUGUCAUGAAUUGCCGGUCGACGAGUCCAGGAGGACGGCCAGUGAGGUUCAGCAGUUCUACAGCUUGUUGACGUCGUCCGUCGAUUACAUCAAGGCUUUCUCGGAGAAGAUACCUGGCUUCAGCGAGCUGGACAGGAGUGACCAGGAGCUUCUGUUCCAAUCAGCCAGCUUAGAACUCUUCGCUCUGCGGUUGGCGUACAGGAUCAGGCAAGAUGACGACGAGUUCACCUUCUGCAACGGGGUCGUUCUUCAUCGGAGCCAGUGCGAGAGGAUCUUCGGGGACUGGCUCGGUGCCAUCUUCGAGUUUUCUCAAAGUCUGCAUGCCAUGCAGAUUGACAUAUCUGCAUUCGCCUGCCUUGCUGCGCUGACUCUCGUCACUGAACGCCACGGCUUAAAGGACUGCGCCAAGGUGGAACAGCUCCAGAUGAAGAUAGUAAGCUCCCUGCGGGACCACGUGACGUACAACAGCGAAGCGCAAAAGAAGCCCCACUACUUCUCUCGCCUGCUGGCCAAGCUGCCAGACCUCCGAAGCCUGAGCUUGCAGGGCUUGCAGCGGAUCUUCUACCUGAAGCUCGAAGAGUUGGUGCCUGCACCCGCCGUCAUCGAGAACAUGUUCGUGUCCAGCCUGCCCUUUUAAAUGUCGGCACUGGGCGGGCUGUAGUCCACGCCUCGGCCAGGGACUUGCUCUCUCAUGUGGCGAUCCUGGGCCACUGCCCCUGGGAGUGGACGCGCUGCCUUCGGAUUGUCCGGCGAACGUCGCAGUUGGGCCGUUUGUCUGUGACUCUGUUGACGUCUUCACAACACCCUGGUCCCGUCUCUUGUCUUUUUUUAAGCCUUUCCGUUGUCGUUGUCGGAAAUCUGCCUCUUGGCCUCGCGCCGCGGCCUCGGUCUUUUGGGGUCCACCUCACAAUAAUGAUCGUUGUGAUAGCAGUUAAGUGCGUUUUCAGUCCGUCUUCGUGCCGUGCUUUCACGUUGUUACAUUUGUUUUGUUACUUCCCCUGUCGGGGGCCCAAGUCCCUCGUGCAUUUCUGGCGAUGCAUUUUAUGUCCAUCACCAUCACCCCCCCCCCCCCUUUCCACCACACCAGUCUACACCACUAACCACAGCAUCGUAGCGUGCACGGCCUCUAGCUUUACACCCCGUUAUGCACUUUAGGGUCGCAAGGGAAUCGCAUUACAUUCUCACACACUUGUAUAUUUUCCUCUUUCUGUCGGCAGCUCACCCUCACAUCACCAAGUAUUAUGCGUAUAUGUCCAUGCGGCUGCCGCCUGCCGAGUUUAUAAGAGAGGCUCACGCUCUGACCCCGAAGCUCUAUGUCCGAGAGAGUAGUUUACCGGCUGUAGGGAAUUGAACCCAAUGUCCGGUCUGACAUUUCCGGUUCAAAAUUCCGGUUCGGACUCCACGAAGCUCUGGGUCGAGGGAGCAAGGUACACAGCGACCUUCUGUGCUGGGAGGGUCCACUCGUCUUUCGAGCGUGUCCUGUGCCGCCUUUACUCCUCGUCGAACGGGCAGAGAAUAAGGCCCCCAGCGCCAGCCUCGCUGUGUCAGUUCCAAGUGGAAACCGCGUGAUAUUACCAUGGGACACGACGCGGUGCGACAUUUUGUGCAGUCGUCGCUGAUUCACCUCUCAAGAGCAGUUCGCAUCUAGUCUCCCGAGAGCGUUUUAUUAAACCUUCAAAGUUUUAUGGGAUGUUGCAGCGAAUUUUUUAUAGUUUCUUUCUUGACAGAGAGUAUGUACCGCAUCUGUAGAGUGCGCUUGUUACAGCGGAAAUGUUGCGCGGCUCAUUUGUGCGCGCCCCGUGGAUCUAGUCAGAUACCUUGUUGAUACUAUGUUGUUUUUUGUUGCGCCUAGAUGACUUUGUUGUUUAACUGUAGCCCGAUGGACUCGAUGAGUUGUAGCCGCGUGCUUCUACUCGUCUACGGGCUCCUGCUCUGCUCAUUAAAGUUCAGCGGCCAGUCGGCUUAGCAGUUGUUCGAGGAUGUCCUCUCGCCAGCCCGUAGGAACUUCGGUACUCGCAGUUGACAAGUCAUGUACAAAAGGAAGAGCCUGCCUUCGUAUUUUUGUGUACAGCUGGAGCGAGGACAACACGACACGUACGCAGCAGCCCCUCCCCCACUGCCUUACAGCGACAUUCCGUUACAUCUCGACACCAUCUGAACGCGAAGACAUUCCUGACGGCCCCAGCCCCAUUGGCACCCCCGCCGUUUUUUUUUUUUUUUUUUUUUUUUUUUUUUUUUUUUUUUUUUUUUUUUUUUUUUGCGAGAUUAUUGUUUUUAAUUCGCCUUAUUUCGCUUACCCAGCAAUUGUGCACCAUUUUUAUUUUUGUACGAACACGUGUACAUAUGUCCCGACAGAAAAACAAAAACAAAAAACACGAGCCACACGUGGCCACAACAAUAAACCCGUGGUUGCUCUAGUCGUUAGGCAGUUUCGUUUUUGAUCACCCCACAUACUUUAGAAGCGUUAGAUUUACAGCGCUGCUAUUUCAGUAUUGGGGAACUCUAUAGAGGUUGAUAGUACAAAACGGAUGCCACCGAGUCGAACAGGCAUAAGGGUGCAUGUUCCACUCGACACCCAAAGUCGCAGGAGGCCGGCGCGUGUAUGUGAGCGUAUGAGCACCUAUUUUUCUUAAGCUGUAUAAGGCUGUAGGAUCGCGCGGCAUCUGAUUGCGAACCCCCGCACCCUGACGUUUAUCGCGCUGCUAUACCGCAGGCUCUGCGUGCUACACACUGAGGUCAAGCGGCACGUAUAGCGACCCGCCAUUGGUCGCCGGGUUUGGUUGGCGUGCAGUGGGACUGGGUUUGAGUUCUUUGUUACGAGGAUUUCGACUCAUGGACACACUCAUAACCUCAAUAAUGUGUUUGUUGUAUGAACACUGUCAUGAUUUACCAAUUUGUUCCUUGAUUCUUUUUUUUUUUUUUUCAGAAGACGUGAGUGAAAUACAGAAUUUGUUGCUGUUGUGACA